AUGCUUUUCACAGCCGGGUCAGAAGAGAAGGGUCACUGCCGUCCGAGAGCAAAGCGCAGGAAGGGGAGGAGUGCGGUGGAGAGGGGCAGUUCUUUCCAUCGUCAGGAUAAGGUGGCAUUGGCCGGUGGCGACGACGUGCUACAGUCUGGGCCUGCCAAAGACGGGGAGGGUAAGGGACGAGGGGCUGUAGGCGCUAAGGGCGACAGUGAUGGGGAGCGCAAGGGACGAGGGGCUGUAGGCGCUAAGGGCGACAGUGAUGGGGAGCGCAAGGGACGAGGGGCUGUAGGCGCUAAGGGCGACAGUGAUGGGGAGCGUAAGGGACGAGGGGCUGUAGGCGCUAAGGGCGACAGUGAUGGGGAGCGUAAGGGACGAGGGGCUGUAGGCGAUAAGGGCGACAGUGAUGGGGAGCGCAAGGGACGAGGGGCUGUAGGCGCUAAGGGCGACAGUGAUGGGGAGCGUAAGGGACGAGGGGCUGUAGGCGCUAAGGGCGACAGUGAUGGGGAGCGCAAGGGACGAGGGGCUGUAGGCGCUAAGGGCGACAGUGAUGGGGAGCGCAAGGGACGAGGGGCUGUAGGCGCUAAGGGCGACAGUGAUGGGGAGCGUAAGGGACGAGGGGCUGUAGGCGCUAAGGGCGACAGUGAUGGGGAGCGUAAGGGACGAGGGGCUGUAGGCGAUAAGGGCGACAGUGAUGGGGAGCGCAAGGGACGAGGGGCUGUAGGCGCUAAGGGCGACAGUGAUGGGGAGCGUAAGGGACGAGGGGCUGUAGGCGCUAAGGGCGACAGUGAUGGGGAGCGUAAGGGACGAGGGGCUGUAAGCACUAAGGGCGACAGUGAUGGGGAGCGUAAGGGACGAGGGGCUGUAAGCACUAAGGGCGACAGUGAUAGGGAGCGUAAGGGACGAGGGGCUGUAAGCACUAAGGGCGACAGUGAUGGGGAGCGUAAGGGACGAGGGGCUGAAGUCACGUACAAGCGGCGCAAGGUGGUUGACACGGGCGGUCACGACAGAAAAAUGAGGAAGGCUCGCCAGGGACGGAAACGGUACGCUUCACCCAGAUCGUCGUCCGGUUCCGAGGAGGGAUCCAGCGACGGGGAAUCUGGUAGUUCAUCUGGCAGCGAAUAUGGGGACGAGGAGGAGGAGGAGGAGGAGAGUGAGGACCAAGAUCUGGAGCCGGAAAGCGAGGAGGCGGAUGAGGUGCGUCCCAAGAGAAAGGGGCGUGAUCGGAAGGCCAAGAAGGGCAUUCCUAAGAGGAACCGUGACAAGGGUCGGGACAAGGGCCGUAAGGGGCGCGACAGUCGUGGGAAAUCGCAUGGCAACAACGGUCGCCGGCGUGUGGUUUCCCAGGUUGUCCGUGUGAGCCCCAAAGUGAAGCCCGAGCCUGAAUUCUAUGCGGAGAUGGGAGUGAAAGCAACUGCUGCUCCUACUGGAUAUCUUGAUCGUAAAGACCAGACCCGAAGGAGGCGUGACGAUCGUGAGGACCCUUAUGCUGCUCUCAGAGGGCCAUCACUAAAUGCUGGGAAAGGAGCAGACCCGUUGCCUACAGGGUCAUGGCGUCAUAACAAGGAGGGAAAAGACCCACUUGCGAAGCGUCUCGAGACACGGGAUUCACCGGAUCUUGAUAAAGACGACUUUAAGCCCAAACGGUACGCUGACCCAACGGCCGCAGCAGCAAACGACGGUGUGGCAGGUGGGAUGUGGGCAAACACAUUGGGUGAUUGUGGCGGAGUUAUGGCUGGCUCUCCGUACGAUGAACGUGACAAAAGGGGCGACGACUACACCUGGAAAAGGGAUCCACACACGAACGAGGGGAGGGGUGAGAGCAUGUGCACGCCCGGUGCAUCUGGUCGUCUCAAUCCGGCUCGCCCCAAGACGGUGGAGCAGCUCACGCGAGAGCUUGAGCUAGCAAACAGCGAACUAGCAACCCUCAAGGCAAAACCAGCUUGCAAUGGCGUCAAAAACCGCGGACCCCCUUCCCAAGUUCCUCCUCUGGCACCUUUGGCGAGCGACCCAUCAUCUGGGGGCCUCAGUCCCGAGGUAGCUGAUGAGAGCACCCCGACAGAGGGCCAGCCCAUUCGGCGCAGGCAUGGAAUGCCCACUCUCGAGAAACUGAGGCAUAUCGUUCCAAACCCCCUCUGCCUGCACUACGUCUGUUCUUGCUCAUUCGUAACCCCCUUGCCAGCCCCACAUUGUCAUGGUUGUUCCUUGCCCAAACCCCUCUGCCCUGCCUGCCCCACCUCAGGAUCGAUCCUCACCCAAACCCCUCUGCCCUGCCUGCCCCACCUCAGGAUCCUCACCCAAACCCCUCUGCCCUGCCUGCCCCACCUCAGGAUCCUAAACCCCAACCCCUCUGCCCUGCCUGCCCCACCUCAGGAUCCUCACUCAAACCCCUCUGCCCUGCCUGCCCCACCUCAGGAUCCUCACUCAAACCCCUCUGCCCUGCCUGCCCCACCUCAGGAUCCUCACCCAAACCCCUCUGCCCUGCCUGCCCCACCUCAGGAUCCUAAACCCAAACCCCUCUGCCCUGCCUGCCCCACCUCAGGAUCCUAA